GUCAAACAGGAAGUACAGACAGAGAAACACAUACCAGACUCGCUCGUAACCACCAGUUAAACAAGAGAGAUCAGUAUCUACCUCUCUCUAUUAAAGUGCAGAUCAUGGAGGGAGGUGUGACACAAGAUAUUCAUCAGGAAGAUGAAGAAAGACAAUUAAACGAUGAUGAUGAUGGACAGACAGACCCACACAAUAGAGCGCUGACGCUGGUACUGCUCGGCUCAGCGGGUGCUGGGAAAAGCACUGUGGUUGAUGCCAUUCUGGGCGCCCCGUCUGACUGCAGCACAGCAGUCACCUCUGAUUUUGAGAAGAGACGUGUGACUGUUUCAGGAAGACAGGUGACUAUAAUAGACACACCUGAGUGUCUGUGCACAGAGCGACCCGCCGAAGAAGUCAGACGUCAGUUUUCACUCUGCGCUGCUUUAUCGGCCCCGGGGCUCCAUGCAUUCCUGCUCUGCGUCCCUGUACACCGCCCCAGUAACCUGGAGCUCCAAAUUUUAGAAACCAUCGAAAAGGUGUUUGGCCCUGAAGCUGUCAGUAAACACACAAUGGUGCUGUUCACCCACAUGGACCGACUGUCUGCGGAUGUUUCUCUGGAUGAGUAUCUCAAUACUCAACGAGCAGAUCUGCUGGAGCUCGUAGAGAAAUGUGCGGGUCGCCACCACCCGUUAAUGGGAACGGAUGCAGAGGAGCUUCUUGCAAAGGUGGAGCAGAUGGUGAAAGAAAGCGGGACGGAGAUUUACACCUGUCCUCUUUUACAAGAAGCCGAGAGGAGAGUGAGAGAAAAAGAGGAGGAGAUCUUGAAAAACAGAAGAGAAAGUGGAGAGGAUGAAGUGGAGGGAGUCAGGGCUGAAGCGGAGAGAAGCGUGGAUGAUCUGACGGUUCAGGGUAUCGCCGAUUUAUGCCUCUCCACCCCAAACCCCACGUUCAUACGAUGGUUAUGGGACAGUUUGGUCGAGUGGCUCAUGUGGCUCCCAAACAACGUGAGGGGCAGUGCUUUACUGGGGUCAUUUGUGGGGUUGUUCGUCGGGGGGCCACUAGGAGGGGCCAUGGGUGCAACAGUUGGCUCUGUGGCUACAGAAGUGGGUAGACGGAAACGAAAGAAAAACUAAGUGCUUGGUAACAGCUUCUUUUAACUUUCAUUUUCAAGUCGUUGAUUAAAUAAUUCUUCAAAGUGAUCAGUAGUUCUGCUACAUUUAAAUAGGAAUACAUGAAUAUUUAUCCAAAUCCAAGAAAUACAUACUCUGAAAAUGCUGGGUUACUUUCAACCCAGCGUUGGGCCAAAAAGGGACGAAUCCAUCCUGUUGGGUUGUAAUUUAACCUAUGCUGGGUUAUUUCAACCGUAAAUGCAGAGUUUGUUUUAAUGGGUCAAAUAUAAAUUAUUUCUGGGUAAAUUUAACCCAACAACUAGGUUUGUCCCUUUUUGACCCAAAAAAAUAAAUAACACAGCAUUUAUUUUGUAUUACAAACUAUACACUAUGAGCAAGAUGUUCGGAUAAUAAUUUAAUAAUCUUAAUAAAUGCUGCUGGGUUGUUUUAAGCCAUAGUUGGGUCAAAUAUGGAAAAAACCCAACUGUUAUAGUUAUAAAUAAUUCUUAUACUUAACUUUAAAAUCUUAUUAAUAACUUUAGGUUGAAAUAAACCCAACAGUUGGGUCCAGCCAAAGUUGACCUAACUAUGGGUUAAAAUAACCCAACUUGGUUCAUCUUAAAAAAGUAAGUUACCUGGUUGCCUUAAAAUUUUGAGUUAAUUUAACUUAGUUGACGCAACAAUUUUUCUUCUUUAAAGGAAAACACAACCGUUUUUCAAUAUUGUACUAUGUUCUUACCUCAACUUAGCCGAAUCAAUACAUACCUAUCUUUUUUGAAUGCGUGCACUUUUAAUCUUUGAACAGCGCAUCGUGAAUGUGUUAGCAUUUAGCCUAGCCCCAUUCAUUCAUAUGGCUCCAAACAGGGAUGAAUUUAGAAGCCACCCAACACUUCAAUGUUUUUCCAAUUGUUACAUGAGUACAGUGGCACAAAAUAAAACUUUUGUUUGGAUCCUAAGGAAUGAAUGGGGCUAGGCUAAAUGCUAACACAUUCACAAGGCUCUGUACAAAGAAUAAGUUCACGCAUUGAAAAAAGAUAGGUAUGUAUUCUUUCAUCUAAGUUGAGGUAAGAACGUGGUAAAAUAUUGAAAAAUGGUGGUGUUUUCCUUUAAACAACUUUUUUUUUUGAGUCACCUAAUAUUUUUAAGUUGAAAGAACUUAUGAAUUUUUUUAAAGCAACCAGAUAACUUACACUUUUAAGUUGAACCAACAAAUCUAUUUUUACAGUGCAUAUAUAUAUAGUUUGCACUUUUUUUAUUAUCUAUACCAGCUCAUUCGUAUUGUAAUACUACCACUACCACUACUAAAAAUAAUAAUAAUAGUCAUAUACGAUAAAGUCAAAAGUACACUGAAUUUAGUUUAUGGAUUAGAAAGGUUUUGAAUUUCGUGAGAAACAAAAAAUGUGUCUAGUUUGUCUGAGGCGUAUGUAACUUGCAUUAAAUUAAAUUAUUUGAAAUUAAAACUAUUUGAAUGAAAUUAAACCUGUUUGAAUGUGCAUUAGCUACUGAUAAUGCUUUUGAAUGUUACUUGAAAGUUACUAUGAAGUGUUACCAAACAUUCAAGUGAUCUUACAGCUUAGUACCAAAACAUAUAAGGUCUGAUGAUCAAAGGGAAGAGGUUACAAGUGUCUUUUAAUAUGUUUGAAGACAAAGCUUUCUGCCUUUAAAAAACUAUAACCUUAUAUAUUAUACAUACAGUACUGUGCAAAAGUCUUAGGCCACCACAAGACUUGUUGUUUUAGAAGUUUUAAUGUCCAUCCAUAUUUAUUUUUCAAUCUAUUUUAUUAAGAUACAAACAGAAAAUACAGGAAAUAUGUACAAAAAAAUUAAAAAAUAAAUAUUCAGUACUAAAUGUCUUCUUUAGGCAUCGUCUGUGUUUAGUGUGUCCUCUAUUGGCACUAAACACAUCUUGAGCGUUUUUGAGCAGAAUUAAAUUAAAAGACUAAUUUCUUUAAAAUUAGAAAUUAGGAUUUAAUUUUAUUUAGGUUUAAGAGAUCCUGCAGUUUCCUGCUAUUGCUCAAGUGGAAGAGGAGUUUACCCUAAAAACUUGACACAUCAGUUUACAUUUUUAUACCGUUUUUAUUCCUGUAUUUUCUGGUUGUAUUCUAUUAAAGAGACUGAGAAACAAUUAUAUAUGAUCACUAUAACAUUGCAAAAACAACAAAUCUAAUUCUGGCAUGGUGGCCUAAGACUUUUGCACAGAUUAUAUGGGACUCAGAUGCAAAAGCAGCUAAAACGCACCAUCGAUCAAAACUGAGAUAAUGAUAUUAACUGAAUGCUCUCGACAUGUAUUAUACACUCAUCAAAUACUUUCACUUCAAAUGCGCUUAAUCCUGGCCUCAGGUCGUUCAGUAAUAACAAAAAAUGCUCAUUUACGAAAACAUGUCAGACGCAUUUAGAGGGUUUUGCAUUUGAGCUCUUCAUAUGAUUGUUUUUGAGUUUGAAAAACAUCUAUUCACAAGCACUUUGAAGCCACUGAGUGAAGAUCGCUGUCUUACCACUGAUACAAAACAGCUUCGAACAAGUCAAAAUUACUUCCAGCAUCACUACAAAUUUAUGAAGCACCUCAACUGGAAACACACUGUAAAGGAAGAGUUUGUUUGCAUGCUGUCUAAAUUAUUCACUGUAUUUGUCCAUAACAAUGUUUGUAUUAGGACACAGCUGCUGGCACAAACACACGCUUCACAUUUCCAGACAUCCUUCAAAGUGAUUAUAAGUUUAAUAACUUUCAUACACUGUUUUCUUCAAUAUGCCACAUUUUCCGUUUAUUGGUUUGAAGAUCAAAUGUUUCUGCAGAUGUUCAGAAAAAUAAAGCAGUCCGAUGGAAAUAUUUA